AUGGGCAAAGAUCCACCCCUAGGUGUUGCGGCCGUGUUGCUGCACGGCGGCCUGUCAGCCCUCGACGGCGGCAGCGCACACGCGGACGGCGCCGCACGUGCGGCGCUCGGGCGUCGCCUGCUGGCCCUGGAGCACCCGCCGGGCUCCAUGCCACCCAACCAGAUGGCGAUCUACAUCAUCAUAAUCAUUCUCCUUGUCAUCAUGGCUGGCCUGAUGGCGGGCCUCACACUGGGCCUGCUGUCGAUCGACAAGGUGGACCUGGAGGUGGUGAAGCGCAGCGGCACCCCCAAGGAGCAGUGGCUCGUCAAGCAGGUGGAGCCGGUCCUGGCGCGGCCCCACUACCUGCUGGCCACGCUGCUGCUGUGCAACGCGGCGGCCAUGGAGGCGCUGCCGAUCUUCCUGGACCGACUGGUCAACCCUGUGGCGGCCAUCGCAAUCGCGGUGACUGCUAUCCUUGUGUUUGGAGAAAUCUUGCCACAAGCAGUGUGCAAACGCUUUGGGCUACAGGUUGGCGCCUACCUGGCAUGGCCCGUGCGCAUCCUGAUGAUGAUCACCGGGAUCGUAACCUACCCCAUUGGGAAGCUGCUUGACUGGCUGCUGGGGGAGGAGAGCGCACUCUUCAGGCGCCACGAGCUCAAGGCUCUCGUGACGCUGCACGCGGAGCCCCAGGAGGGGGAGGAGGUCACCGCCCUCACGCAGGACGAGGUCACAGUGAUCCAGGGUGCGCUGGACAUGGCCACCAAGACGGCCGGCGAGGCGAUGACGCCUGUUGAAAAGGUGUUCAUGCUGUCGACCGAUGACGUCAUCAACCUGGAGCUGCUGCACCGCGUCAUCAACGCGGGCCACAGCCGCCUGCCG